AUGUCUAACCCUGCAUUGCUGUCGCUGCAUCAGCUACUGAAACAGAGUUUUCGAGUCGUUGAACAGAAUCACAAGGUUUGGAAGUCGGUUCUUCUAGAAUGUAGCCCUUUGGUCAGUUCCCUUGGAAACCUCGGGGAGCAAUUAAGGGCGCUUAAAAACGUACAAGUUCCCCAGACUCCUCUUGGCAGAUUUCCUGACCUUCAAGAGCGUCUUCAUUACAAACUCUCUAUAGCUGUUGACACAGUCAUGGGGAAAUUGGGCGAAAAACUGGAUGCUUUCGAGGCUGUACGCGAUGCGGUCAGUAAGCAGGUGUCCGCCGCAUUCCAAUUCUAUGAGCGGAACACAGGUACGCUAGACAUAGCGUGCUGUGUUAAUAGAUCUGCUGUCACUCCAUCCCUCGCUGACAUGUUAGAAUGGCUUCAGGAUACAGAUCGUUACUACCGCCUCCAAUUCCUGAAGCGAAAGAACUUCCUCCAAACAUUGAAAUCUGAUGACCUCACACUUCUGGAGACAGCACCAAAGAGAUGGGAAUCACUCAGUUCACCCAAUGCAGAGGAAGGAAUUUCAGAUAUGUUGUUUCAAGUGUCUUUCUUUAUGGACUCUGAAUGA